UCCAGUGUUUAUAUUUGAAAGUCGUUGUCUUCUUCAAAGUUUAAUUUCUUUUUUAAAUCAUUCUAUUUUAAAUGCCACCACCAAAGAUUGAUAAAUCACAUGGUUUCAUGCAAUCUAUAGUGAAAAAUCAAGUUUUACGAGACGAAUACGACAAAGAACAGAAGCUUUUGACGAGUGAAAAGAGAAAUGAAGAAUGUUUGAAAAAUGACAGAUUAAUAGCAUCUCCUGUUGUCGAGACGGAGACGAAGCGAAAUCGUACGCAAAGAAGAGAAGCAAAACAGUUAUACGUGCCACCUCAUUUAAAAAAACGAGGCGUCGAGGAACUACAAGAAACAAAAACGAAAGAAGCAACUCCUGAGGUUAAACAGGAAUUAAAGAGGGUGAAAAAGGGCAUAUCACGAAAAGAUGAAGAAUCAAGAAUCUUGUUUAAGUUUGAAUAUGAAGGAGAUAAUGGUGAAGUGAGGUCAAUCCUUGUGAAAGAGGAUGACAAUGCCGAAGAUCUGGCAGAGACGUUUGGUAAUCAGCUUGGGCUAACAAAGACACUUAGAAAGGCUCUACAACUCAGACUAGAAAUGGAAAUUAAAAGUUGUUAUAGUUAAUGAAACUAAAUAUAAAUAAUAAGAGCAAGGCUGUUACUGAUAGACAGCUUGUUAGCUAUUGUAAAAUGGAUUGAUAUAUUGUACGAUAAUGAAAAAAAACUAUGCAUAUG